CAUAUAAAGGGCAAAAACGCAGUUUCUUUAUUCUCCUUUCUCCGUGUACUCCGCUCUCCUCCACUGUUCUGAAUUCCUAGAUUCUUUGCUUCGCUUCAAAUCUCUUCAAACUCGCCUCCACCACCGCCACCACCGCCACCGCCGAUUUGUUCUCGUGGUUUUGAGGAUUGGAUGUUUCGAACAGAUUUCGUAUAAAUUUGGUGCGUGAUUGUGUAGGAAGUGCAUGAAAUCUUGCGGAAUUCUGAGGGAUUUGGGAGGUUUGAUUCUGUGAAUUUGUUAAGGUUAGGGUUUUUUUCUUUUAAUUUAUCGGAUUCGUAAAUAGAAGGGGAAAAUAUGGAGAAGUACGAGCUGGUGAAGGACAUAGGAUCGGGGAAUUUUGGCGUCGCGAGGCUGAUGCGCAACAAAGAAACCAAGCAACUCGUCGCCAUGAAGUACAUUGAGCGCGGCCUUAAGAUCGAUGAGCAUGUUGCAAGAGAGAUUAUAAACCAUAGAUCGCUGCGCCAUCCAAACAUAAUUCGGUUCAAGGAGGUGGUCUUGACUCCUACACAUCUGGGUAUUGUGAUGGAGUAUGCGGCUGGAGGUGAGCUGUUUGAGCGAAUUUGUAAUGCUGGAAGAUUCAGUGAAGAUGAGGCAAGAUAUUUUUUCCAGCAGCUUAUUUCAGGUGUUAGCUACUGUCACUCUAUGCAAAUAUGCCAUCGAGAUUUGAAGUUAGAGAAUACCCUCUUGGAUGGAAGCCCUGCCCCACGCCUGAAAAUAUGUGAUUUUGGUUAUUCAAAGUCGUCUCUGCUGCAUUCAAGACCCAAGUCAACAGUUGGAACUCCAGCCUACAUUGCACCUGAGGUUCUCUCUAGGAGAGAAUAUGAUGGCAAGACGGCAGAUGUAUGGUCUUGUGGAGUGACUCUUUAUGUUAUGUUGGUGGGAGCAUAUCCAUUUGAAGACCAAGAGGAUCCAAGGAAUUUCAGGAAAACUAUUAAUAGAAUAUUGUCUGUUCAGUACAAAAUCCCAGACUAUGUCCACAUUUCUCAAGAUUGCAAGCAUCUUCUUUCUCGAAUAUUUGUAGCCAACCCAGCCAAGAGGAUCACCAUCAAAGAAAUCAAGAGCCAUCCAUGGUUUUCGAAGAACUUGCCAAGGGAACUGACUGAGGCAGCUCAAGCUAUUUACUACCGGAAAGACAACCCAGCUUUCUCCGCCCAAAGCAUUGAAGAAGUCAUGCAAAUAGUUGAAGAGGCCAAAGUUCCUGCUCCAGUAUCUCGCUCUAUUGGAGGCUUUGGGUUGGUAGGAGAAGAAGAUGGAGAUGUCAAUGAGGUAGAGGUUGAGGAAGAGGAAGAAGAAGAUGAGUAUGAGAAGAGCGUUAAGGAGGCCCACGCUAGUGGAGAAGUUAAGGUCACUUGAGCAAUACAUUCUUUCCAAAUAAUUAAAGAUCUAGAGUUUUGUUCCGUGCUUGUAUAAAGUCAGUUCUAUCUAGGACCUUGUGUCAAAUAAGUGUUUGUAAAUUAUUCGUACAUUGGCAUGGGACCGUGCUGCUAGUCUUGGAACUAUUCUGAUUUGAAACUACCUGUCCGGUUGGUAGUUUUCUUUUCAGGAGUUGGGAGAAGAUGAUAACUUCAGGGUUUCUUAUGUUCUACAGAACCGGUUCUGAGUACUUUUAUGUGGAAUGAUAGGGUGGUAUUUUCGGAGGUUUGAGUUGAUUUUUAAAAAGCAGUUGUUUACAUUUUAUUGUUCCUGUGCAUUUCUCUUCCUAUUAAGAAAGUAUUGUUUUGUGU